AUGCAUGAUAUGUCCAAUACCAGAUUCAAAAACGGAACUGACCUCGAGAAAUACGUUCGUGACGAAAUUUCCACAACAGCCGUCUGGAAAAUGGACAGUAAUACACGGCGCAUCGGAAACGACGGAGCUCUCACCUUGGUUGAGACUAUGGAGGAGCGUAUGGCCAGAAUGGAGAAGAAACUGACGGAGCAAGCCGAAGAACUGACUGAUCAGAAGAAAAAGACGGCUGAGCAGGCCAAAGAACUUGUUGAUCAGAAGGAAAAGGUAGCCGGUCGGAACAGGCUACUGUGGAAGGUUCGUGUUUCUGAGCUUGAGAGAAUCAUAAAAAAGACCCAUGAUGCAGCCCGCUUUGACCGAAACGAGAUCGUCCAUGGUGCAGACGUGUUGAAUGAUUACCAAGCCCUGGAGUACACAGAUCGGCCGGACAAUCAAGUUCAAUUUGAGACUGCAUCGAAAGGAUUUAAAAAGGCCUAUGGGUUACGGCUGAGCUCUCUCAGUUACGACAAUCUUUCUAAAGCACCGGAAGAGGUUAUUGAUAUCCUAAGUGUUAGAGGGAACUUGACUUUUCUCAACUGGUUCUUAAAUCACAAAAUAGAGGCAGAUAUAAUGGCAGAGCAGUGCGAUUUAGCCGUGCGCAAAUGGCUGAAAUCCAUCCCGACAGAUGGUGUGCCAUAUCCGAAGGAUGCAGUAAAGGCUGACUACGAGCGAGUCAAGGAGCUCUAUGAUGAAGUGAGGGACCGGGAAGCGUGGUGA